CUGACCACAUGAGGGAUGACGCAAAUGUUCAGUACUUUCUCGUUCCCACCUGUUAAGGGAUAUUCUUAUGCUAUAAUAAAACUUAUCAUACAAUGUACUCUGUAAUGAUUUUUUAUUGCGCAUUAUAAAAUGUAGAUGCUUGUUUUAAUUGAAACUCAUGUAAUAACUCGAUGAUGAUGAUUCACAUUAAUCUCUAACCUAAAUGGAUAAACGGUGAUGUUUGCUCUUCAAAAAACAUUAAAAUUAGUCUAAAGAUAACGGGCUGACUAGCCACAAAGAAUCGACCAUCUGGCCGCAAAAUCCUUAAGAGACAAGGGUUUAGUUUCAAAAGGUGAGAUUUAAGGGAAACUGAGUCUUAACCAUUAAUGUGUUGCGACGUUGCAGCUGUCAUGUGGAACACAGGGAGCUGGCCAUAUAAAAGGCGCGCCUGUUGCUCCCUCGGCAGAACCAACCUGGCUUUCCAGCGUAACAAACGGGACCAACAAAAUGGCACGAUUCACCCUUUGCACUGUUAGUGAACUUCAAUGUUACGUUCUGUCAGUUAUGUGUGGAUUUUUUUUUUUUUCCAACUCUUGAGGGUUUAGGACCAGAUUCGAUUGUAAAUGCCAAAAUGUGUGUCACAGAUACUUCCUAAAAUAUUUUAAAUAACAACCUUUCCUGACGAUGACUAGAAAGAGCGAGAUACGCACAAUAAAAGUCAUUGCUAGUGUUAGGACAGACAGGAUCCCAUUCAUAUCAUAUUCACAUCUCUACAUCUCCCUCCAGAUCUUUUUGGUGUCGGCUCUGAUGGCGAGCAGAGUGGCAGCAGACACUGGUUAUCCAGCUCCUCCCCCCGAAUACGCCCCGCACAUUCCCAUCCUGAAGGACGACAGAACACAGAACAGCUACGGAGAAUAUACUUUUGAUUUCCAGUCUGGUAAUGGGAUCGCGCGGCAGGAGGCCGGCAGUCAGAAUGACGGCCAAGUCUCCCAGGGCGGCUGGACCUACACAUCUCCCGAGGGGGAACAAGUGGAGAUCAUCUUCGUGGCUGACCAUGGAGGAUACCAACCCCAGGGGGCAGUACUCCCAGUGGCCCCACCACUUCCCUACACCCGCACGGGACACGGUCAUUAAUCAUCGUGUAAUGAUAGUACUACUGCGAUUUUGCCAAUACCCGAACAGCCCAGUCUCCCCGUUCCCCUGUCUACCUCAUCCUGGCACCUCCGCCUAGCCUACAGGAUAUUCCCAUCUCAUCCCCACCACCAACCAUAUAUUCUGCACAGCGACAAGGACUCAGUCAGCUGCUGCUACUUCAGCGUUCCGUAUAUACGAGAUGGUCUCCUUGUCCUCACUUCAGGAGGAUAAUUUUAUGUACAUUUAAUGCGCAAUAUGAUGUAGGUUAGUUCCUUAUUUUUUUAUAUUUUUACAGUUUGUUGUUGUAUGUGCCGGACACAUUAGUUGUUUUUUUUAAAUAAAUAGUAUGUAAAUAAACUUGUUUGCAUAUGA